AUGGUCGCAUCAAAAACUUUGAAAUCUCAGGAGUAUAUAGGAGAUUCAGAUUCUGAAUUGGACAACAACGAUCAAUAUGUUUUUCAUCCUCCAACAAAUUAUGUUCAGGUUAAAAACUUCAAUUCAAUCAGUCCUUCACACUUGAAAGACAAACAGAUAUGGCUAAUUAAAACUCCAAAAAAUUUUUCUUUUAAAACCAUCAAAAAAUUGCCAGUAAAUUUUGGUAAACAGGCUUCAGUUUUAGAUUUUAAUGAUAAAUCUUACAAAUUGAAAGAAAAUUCAUUCAAUUCAACUGCUGAACCAUUUACAAGUUCCUUGAAAUAUCGAAUUUUGUUACCAGCUAGUUCAGAUAAUACAUUGAAAAUACAAUCUGACUUGGAAAUUAAUAAGUUCUUUACAAUUUCGGAGAGUGUUCCAAUUCCCGAAAUCAAUUACGAUAAAGUAAUAAAACCAAGAAAGGAUGUUAAAAAAAUCAAGAAUAUUAACAUGAGAAAUUUUCCAUCUGGCUACGGUUUGCAUGAUUAUAAAGAAAGCACUGAAUUUAUAAAUUAUGAUGACUUAGUCCCCAAAAAUGCAGAAAAUCAAGUUGAUUAUGACGACGCUUCUGAGAACGAAAAUGAAAAUGAACCUUAUGAUCUUGACAAGGAUAUUGAAAAUUAUAUAAAUUCAGAUAUAGUGAUGGCUGAUUCAAGCAUCUUCCCCGAAAAUCAAAUAAAUUUUAAGAAGGAUAAAAAGGACAAAAAGGAUAGGAAAAUUAAAAAAGAAAAAAAAGAAAAGAAAGAUAAGAAAGACAAAAAAUCAAAAAAAGAAGGAAAAGUUAAGAAGGAAAAAAAGAUCAAAAAAGAAAACAGAAAAAUCAAGAAGGAACUAAUAACUCAAUAG